GCCGCCCUCGUGUGUGGUAACACAAACAAACAAACAACAAGACAACAACAACAACCAGCAACUCUUGACGGGUUUACGGGAAAUUGUUUCUUGACAAGUCCCGCCCAGUGGGAGGGUCUCACAGUCGGUGGCAGCGUGCGGGGUUUCUGAACGCGAAUUCGUCAAAUUGUCGUGGCGUUCGCUCUGUGUGUGUGUGCUAGGAAGUGACAGAUAGAUGAGAGAUAGAGAGAGAUAGAGGGAUGAUGAGAUAGAUGAGAGAUAGAGAGAUGAUGAGAUAGAUGAGAGAUAGAGAGAGAUAGAUAAGACUUAACACGAACAGACAUCGCAGUUAAUGUAUAUCGUAGGUGGUGGUGUUGGUGGUGGUGAAUUGUUGACCGCCUUAACAAGUUCGUGAUAGAACUCCACAUUCGCUGGGUUGUUGUUGUUGGUGUUGUUGUUGGUGUGUGGGGGGAGUUCGUCUCGAGGAUUUGAAGAGAAGAAGAAGAGGAGGAGGAGGAUUAAAGCUUCGCUCGACACGCGUGCGGGACAUCCAUGGGCCUCUCUCUGUUGAGUGGGGUUCAUUGGAUCAUCAUCACCACAUUGGGACGCAAUGGCGGAGCCAGGAUUUUCAGCUUGUGAAGACGACAGAGAUAAGGGGAUGGAUUUAUCUGCGAACAACAACAACCCUCAAAAUCUCAAUGCGAAGAAGACCUUUUGUGGCUUCACGUUGCUGCUGUGUAUGCUGCCGUUUGUCCAGCGAGCGUCUUCGAGUGAAUGGCCUCUGGCCCGCCCGCGUGACGUUGUGCUGAGGUCGGUAAAUUUAUUCACAUCGGUGAGCUGGAAACCGAGCCAUGGGGCGCCAGCUGACCAGCUCUACUUGGUGCAUUACAGAGGACCUUUCGAGAAACUUAAUAAUGAGACGAUGCUCGUCAUGGACGGCUGCAACAGGACCAGCAAGUUGAGUUGCAACCUCACAGAUGCCCUCUCCAUAUGGGCGCCCUACGACAUCGAAGUCUGCGCUUGGACCCCGAGCGCCUUGGCUUGUGCCGACAUGGAAGAGAUCUCAGUUCGAACCGACACGCAGAUAGAAGCUCCUUACAUUGACCUCUACGUCGUCGGAAACCACAUCAAAAUGGCGAUGUCGCCCCCAAAGUUACAUGAAGAGGACAUUAAAUACGUGUACAACUCUUUCAUUUACAACGUUACGUUGUGUGUGGGCAUUCAGGAGCAUCAGCAGCAGUGCGAGUACUACACGCCCGAGACCACCAGCAUGGACUUCAGCAAUCUCAAGUACAACACCGAGUACUGCUUUACGGGCCAAAUUGUAAUGGAAGUGGAUAAUAAUCGGGACAAGCUCAGUGCCGUGUCCCAGCAGGUGUGCCGCACGACCGAAAAGGAGAAAGCGUCAAAGUGGAUGGUUUUCACCACCUUCCUGGUGUCGGUGAUCGUUUCAUUUGCCGUCGUGUUCACGCUGUUGCUGCUGGGACACAAGAUCUUCAAAAUGGCUCGCUACGUCUUUGUAGUGGAUAUGCCGCUUCCUAAAACUCUCUGUGGCAUACCUUCCAAACAGAACGGAACGUUUCUACUCAGCUCUGAUAAAGAUGUGAUUAAAGAAGUGAACAUCUGCAGCACUGUUGAAGUCAUGUGUGACGACGUGGAAGACGACUACAUUGUCAACGGGUUAGGCCUACAAUCAUAGCUUCUAAAGUCCUUUCUGUUGUUUUUUUUAUUCAAAAACAUUUUUUGCCAUCACUGACGUGUAAUGGAUUUAGAGACACUUUUGAACUGACAGACAAGUUUAGGGUUAUGUCUCCCACUCUUGUACAAAUGCUGCAUUAUGAGCCUUCGUCACAAUGCUGAUUUUGUCUCUUUAUCAAUGAUGACUCCAUGUCUCGUUGCUGUUUUUAAAACUGGAUCAGCAGAAAUGUUGGUUAAUUCAACUCUCAUGGAUCAUUUAAAAUUAAUCAAACCGAUGAAGAAAGGCCCGUUGGCCCAAACGUCGUACAUAUUAUAAUAUUGGCCUGCUGAGGUUAACAAGACAUGUUUUAAGCAUUGGAAACAACCAAUUUUGCAGUACCUUUUUAAAUUAUGUAUAUAUUACACGUACAUAUAUUUUAUUAAUAUUUCAUAAUUUCCCCUGGUUGUUCACGCGCGGAGUCUCAAAGUACUUGUGUAAUUUUUAUGAUGCGUGUACAGUAUUUGUGUUUACACUGGACAAAAGAGUACUUAAUGAUUACAUGUUCUAAGAAAUGAAUACAGCAAAAUUCCAAUUAUCGGUGAACAGUGGAUUACAGGAGUAAUUAGCCAUGUGACUCUGUUAAUCCAUCACCUGAUUAGUUACUCCAUGAAUCCACAAUAAAUUUGCGGAUUUCGAGGUCAUACUUUUUUUUUCAAGACCCAAAUUGAGACAAUUCUGACACAUCGGCCAAUGCUAAAGGAUGUUAGUGCACUUUUGAGACUCGGUAUCCAAGUCUUUCUCUGUGCCAUGUCCUUUCUCAAAGAUGUCAGCGAUUAUGGGCUUCCUCACAUUUAUCUCUGUUCAUGCAAUUAUUAUUCAAGAACUUCGCGUAAGAUACUUCCGGUUUUAACCAUUUAUUAAAAUCGUUUUGUAACAUAAUUCACCAUCUUCCCUACCUUGUCAAACAAAGGCAAAUAAUGUUCGCCUCCGUUGCGAUCUGCAGCUCCGCGAUUUUACCUGCAGCUAGGCUAUUCAAACACUUUACAGUGCGAAUUUGGAUGGAUUGGAUGGAAGCCAGCGGCCCCUUGGCAAUGCGAAGCGCUUUACAAUGAAGCCCUCAUCGGAAGAGAUCCAGAAAUCCGCGAUUCACGGACGAUUUCUGGAUCAGCGUGUCCCGUAGAUGUUGGGACGAGUCGUGAGCUACGGUUAAUUUGCGAAAUGAUAGGACAUGGCGGUUUAUUGGAGCGUGUGGGUUUGAGUUGUGCUACAAUGCAAAACCGAGGGAACACGAGUGACAGUUUAGAAUCGGUGUCGCGCAUUUAACAUUAACACGUGGAGUGUAAUUUAACUUGCUAUCCAGCCCGUUUGAUCACUCUUUUUGGAAAAUGCAUGGACAUAGCGAUCCACCUGGCUUUAUGAGACAUAGAUUUGUGUCCUGUCCGUGUGGUCCUCUGUCUCUCAGCGUAAUUGCAACCAUGCACCUCCCCCAUGCUUCUAUGUGCACUUAACAGUUUUUAUCCCAAAAAACCUCUUAUGGAGUUUUUGCCCCAUUUUUUAGACCGUGUUUCCUGGUCCACUUUGUCAUUGCAGGCAGGGGCGGUUUCUUCAUUAGGGCGAUUGGGCGACGCACCACCAAUGUCAUUCAACCACAGAGUCACGCUAGCCGUCACUGUGCCUCUGGAUAUAGUCCAAUCAGCGUCAUGCUACGUUCUGUGGAGUACCGCCUCUUUUUGGGCGAUUUCCCUCCAGCUGAGAAUCGCCCCGAGUGGCCCCAUAGACUUACAUUCAAAGAUGUUUUUUUUCGAACGGGGGCGCUGCAAUGCAUUCUCUAUGGCUUCCGGGAGGGCUCGCCCUAACGUGCUUACAUCAUCAUACGUGCCUACGUCAUCAUACGUAAGCACGUUUCAUCCAACAAUAUAAUUUGUUGCCACCUAGUGGAAUCUUUAAUAAAAUAAACUUGAGUGGUUUGUUUUAAUAGUGAGUAUAGAAACAAACAAGAUGUAUUGUAAGAGUCACUUUAUUUUUCAUUAAUAUUAGAGAAGUGAAGUUGCCUUUACAUGCUUAAGCUGUUAAUUUAUCCUUUGCAUGGGUGGACCUUAUCCUUAUCAAUCAUCCAGACAUUUGCCCCCCCUGAGAGAUUUUGCAGGAGCCGCCACUGAUUGCAGGUAAUAUGUACUUCAUGUCGUAUCACUGCGUAACUCUCGCUAAUGAUGUCACAUGAUCUUAAAAGUCACUUGUCAGAAGGUUGACCUCUUCACCACUCAGUUACAUUACAAAGUGGACUUCUGUUGACGUGGGUGUUUGACCACCUGAAGACUCUACUGCCUUGGUUUGAAAUGCGUUAACCACUAUGCUAAUGAAAUAUUAAACAGUAGUGGGGGAACCCCUCUUAUUUAUUCAUGAUGAAAUGGGGGGGGGGGGGGGGUUCGGUUAAGAGGAUGGAAUCCGUUUCUUAAAAUUAGUUUGUAAUAUAGAUUAUUCCAAUAUCCUGUUUAGCUUUGAAUUCCUCCAUGCUUUCGUAUAAACACUGGAUCUCGCAUCCGUGAACUUUGAAUGUUCAACUUCUUUGCACACAAUAAAAUACCGUAAAUGCGUGUCGCAUACUGCACUUG